AUGCCUCAGUACGCCUCUCGCGAUGUCGGCGACCCGUCGCAAAUCAAGAAGAACAAGCAGAGCAUGGCCGACCUAAAACUCCGCCGAUUGACCGAACUCAACAACCGACUACGUGAGGAUUUGGAAAGGGAAAGGAUUCCGGUUAGCCAGGCGGCAGGAGGUGAGAUCCAGCCUUCGUUGUUGCUCGGUCGUUUCGGCACAUUUGCCGGUCGCAGUUCAUUGAGGCUGACAGUCGUUUCUUUUUCUCCUUACAGCAUAAUCGCCUACUGCAACAGCACAAGAGAUUACAUGGUACCAAGUGUUUGGGGGCAGGUGCCCAAGGCCGAAGACCCGUACUUGCCACAACAAAGCAGCGGGUGCUGCGUUGUCAUGUAA